AUGCCUGCACAUAAUCCAGGGUUCGAGGGCGCGGCUGCCGAUAGGCGGAUGUCCAGCGCGAAUGAAGCUGCCGUCAUGGCUCUGCCGACAGUCAUGUUGCGACGUCUGCCGCGGAACACGACCCUCGAAGCGGUUCGCACGAUGCUUUUAUUUGCCAAAGACCUCCAGGACACGGAGAUCAUCCCAAAUGAGUAUGAAGAAGAUGCCGGCUUCACCACCGCGAUCGCUCGCUUUGGUUCUAUGGUUGGCGCAACGGAAGCACAAACCAUGCUUGAUGGCAAGCCUAACACGGCCGGGCAGGCAAAAAUGAUUGUGGAAGUGAUAGGCAGUCCACUCAUGGCGGCAGUGCCUCGACGCAACACCAUUGAUCCCCUGGCUAGUCGCAAAAUGGGCCUGUCGGUAUCGCCAUCCAUGACCAGCGCCCAGAAAUCCUCACGAUUUAACGGCACCUUCCAGUCCAUGGACAAGACAUCCCCGCCGCCUAUCGGGUCUCCUCCAGAACUGGUCUCAUCGGACACCAGUUCCCAGCUGCAGACGAUCUUUUCGCCGCAGUCGCCCGUACCGAGUGGCCUGGCGGAUCGCCCGCGCGCCAGCGGGAAGAAGGUGAUAAACGAAGACGGCGCAGACGACGAUACGGGCGAGCUGCUCAAGGACCCCCUGGCUUAUAUGAACAACUCGUCCAGCAACCCGACGGGCAAAAAGCAGACCAACUCGCACAUGCCCCCUACUAGCUUCUCGGCGCUCUCGCUGAACACCAACCUUGGGAAUGGGACAGCGUCAAACUAUGCGUCGCCUCGGUCUGCCGCCGGGUCUCGUACUCCUCACGCGCAGUUUUCCAUGAUGGGGCCCAACGGACACUACUCGGUCCCUUCUCAACCUUACCUACGACAUAACUAUCCGCCUGUCAAUCCUGCCGACCAAAACCCCCCGUGCAAUACUUUAUAUGUGGGCAACUUACCGAUUGACACGUCUGAGGAUGAGCUCAAAGCCAUGUUCUCCAAACAGCGCGGAUACAAGAGGUUGUGCUUCCGCACCAAACAGAACGGGCCCAUGUGUUUCGUGGAGUUUGAAGACAUUUCGUUUGCCACCAAGGCUUUGAAUGAAUUGUACGGGGCGCAGCUCCACAACAGUGUGAAGGGCGGGAUCCGGUUGAGCUUCUCGAAGAACCCGCUGGGUGUGCGUGCGGGUCAGCCUGGGAGCAACAACCCCAGUACGCCGCUCAGUGCCACCGGGCCCAUGGGCGUCAACGGAUUCAGCAAUGUCACGCACGGCGGCUUCUCAACGGCCAACGGUCCACCGCCUGGCCUCUCGGUGCCCCCGGGACUCAACAUGUCGGUGGCUGGCAUGAAUGGCGCUGGUGUUCCUCCGGGAGCAUUUGUGGCCCAAGGAUUUCCGUUGGGAACCAGCCCGGCACCCAACAUGCGAGGCGUGGCGAUGAACGGGGUGGCGCCGGGACCGGCAGGCGUUGGGGGAAUGUAUCCCGACUACAUGCUCGGACGUUGA